AUGAGCGGCCCGGGGUUGGCCCGCUCGUCUGCUGCCAUCGUGCACUUCUCGCAUCGGCCCUCCGCCAAAUCGUCGCUGCUGGCGCUUCUCGCUGUUUUCAACGUUGGCGCAGCACGGGCCGAGCAUUUUGAUGAGGAUUUUGCGCUUCUGUUGUUACGGAAGGGUUCAACUAUGCUGAUGUGCAGGGAGCAGUGUUGCAACAGUACUCCUCGGUGUCUUGAAAAUUUUCCGAACUCUACAUUAAACGCUUAUCAAGUAGUUUGUCUGGACGGACACUCGUGCUGGCUACAGGAUGCACACGGUGAUGCUGUAGCGCAUAUUGGAUGGCUGAGCAGUCGGAAGCAGAAACGAAAUGCCGAGGACAAGGCAAGUCUCUGUGAUAUAGUACUGAUAAUGGUUACGGUUAAAUCAGUGUCCAUGACACGCUUGGCCCUUUGCCAACUCACCUGGCCGCUUUUGAAUGGUGGGGGCUUUAAUGGUUGGAUUGGUGGAUUACAUUUGCUGACAUUUCUGCUAGGAAGAAAUAAAGAAGCGAACGCUAGGUUCAUCGACACGCUGAUUUGCAAUUGCUGCGGCAUUGUUUAA